AUGGAUGUCGUCAACCCUCGAAGUGAAGCAACCGCAGUCACCACCACUCACCUACCACCGCCGGAAUCCACCCGCCUCCGCCACCACAACUACCGGCUCGUCCUAUGCCACCUGACUCCAACCGCAGUUGGCCUCCGACCGCAGCCAGUCUCCGCUGGCAACCGGCCUCCGACCGUAGCCAGUCUUCAUCCGAAGCCAGCCUCAGACCGCAGUCUGCCUCCGCCCUUCGCCGUCAACACAGCGCCCAGCCCGCGCGCCAUGGAAGUUGCUUCAUACGACGGCGACCUCCCCCGACUGUACUGUGGUGGAGCAGGCCGACAUCUGUGGCAGCGCCGCCGUCUCACUCGACUUCGAUGUCGACCAGAACCAUCACGGCGGGUAGCCGCCAGACCGACGUGGCCUGGCAACUAA